AUGUCGCCUGCGCAGGUCUACACUGACCGGUACCAAGGAGGGCACGGGCCUCAGAUCAUGCGGAAGCAGAAUCAGGUAGUUGCGGACUUUCGUUUGGUUCGCGCCGCAGUUGCAGCCAAGAGCAGCUUGGCAGACCUCCUGGUGUUUGAUGACAGCGUGCAAGGUGGCGUUGCGCAGCUGCGCGUGGCGGUUGUGUUCUUUGAUGGUGCUCGCCUUGCCGUGGCAGAGAAGCUCAGUACCACCUCGAGUGGGAAGACAAGAGGUGUGGAGUGUGGUGUUGCGCAGCAGCGCGUGGUGCUGCGUCUAAAACUAGUUGCGGCGGAUCGAGAUUGCAAAAAACGCCGCGCCUCCUUUCGCAAACACGCGCGCCUUGGACCGCGCUGGCUGAUGCGUUCUGAUGCUGCAAUGCGAAUGCGCAGGUGGUGGAGAAGUUUCACUUGCCUUCUGCUGGCGGCCACCGCAGCCAUUGUUCAACAGGCCUCGCCAGAGAAUUUUCUGACCUCAUGCGGCGUUGCUCCGAGGUGCAUUGCGAGACGUGCUGCGCGUGCGAGUGCUCCGCCCAUGCCAACUGUGGAGGAACUCGAUGACAUGUACCCAGAACUUGGUCGGAGAGAAGUUGCUGUCUUGGCCAAGGGUGAAAAUUGGGCCGUGGUUUACAAUCCUUCUGGUGCUGUGGCGCAUUGGCACAAAGAACUAUACAGGGAAGAGAAGAAAGGCGGUACCCUGCUGGGCCGUGCCAAACGCACGCUGCGACGCCCGGUGCAUUUGGUGGGUCGCUUGGAUCGCUCGGUCAGCGGUCUUAGCCUGCUGGCCUUUGACCCUGAAACUGCUGAGGCCCUGCAGUCGGUGAACGCUUCAAAGGUGUACUAUGCGCUUUGCCGCAACAGUGGGGAAACUUUUCUUGAUCGAGGCCGUUUUGCCGUCACCCGGCCGCUGCUUGACAAAAAACCCUUUGGGAAGAAACACGGCAACAUCAUGAAAGAGAGCUAUACCGAUGUUGAGGUGCUUGUCGGGGGAAAGGAUCCCAACUGCUGCCUGGUCCGUGCCGAGCCCAAGACCGGCCGGUACCAUCAGAUUCGACGACACUUGCGAAACAUCACCUUGCCAAUUCUCGGAGAUACGUAUUGCAAGAAGCGAACGCGGGAGUACUUUGAGUCCUUUGGUAUCCAGCUCCCACGGCGGGUCAUGCUCCAUUUGUAUAGUAUUCGAGUGCCUGCAACCGAGAAGACACCGGAAAUCUAUGUGACUUGCCCGUUGCCGCCCAACUUCCAGCACUUCAUCCGCCACUCGGCAAUAUCUAGGGCAGAGGCAAAUCUAUGUCUUCCUGAUGACGUUGUUUGA